GCCGUGUUUCCCUAUGCCGGGCUGGCCCGCCCCUCUCCGGAGAUUCCCCGAUCGUAUCCGAACCAGAGGAAGCGGCUGAUGGCUGUGGCGCAGGAUGCUGCGACCGUGUCCGGGGGGCUCCCGGCGGCGGACAGCGCGGACACCCGGCCAGGUGAUGGAGCCUCUGUUAAGACUGAGCAUGAGAGCAAGUCCGGGGAGUCAGCGUUCCACCCGCAGCGAUCCACCCACCUAGAAUCUACCCCCGCAGAGAGGUCAUCGAGGACGGAAGAGGAGGCCGGAGGUACACCGCCCUUCAAAGAUGACCUGGGAGCGGCCACUGGUGAUGCUGGCCAGACCACAGCAGGCAGUGCUGCCACCGAUGCCACCAAAACCACUGCAGUCAGUGCUGCCACUGAUGCCACUAAGACCACAGGAGGCAGUGCUGCCAAUGAUGCCACCAAAACCACUGCAGUCAGUGCUGCCACUAAAACCACAGAAGGCAGUGCUGCCACUGAUGCCACCAAAACCACAGCAGUCAGUGCUGCCACUGAUGCCGCCAAAACCACUGCAGUCAGUGCUGCCACCAAUGCCACUAAGACCACAGGAGGCAGUGCUGCCACCGAUGCCACCAAAACCACUGCAGUCAGUCUUGCCACUAAGACCACAGGAGGCAGUGCUGCCACUGAUGCCACCAAAACCACAGCAGUCAGUGCUGUCACUGAUGCCACUAAGACCACAGGAGGCAGUGCUGCCACUGAUGCCACUAAAACCACAGUAGGCAGUGCUGCCACCGAUGCCACUAAGACCACAGCAGUCAGUGCUGCCACCAAAACCACUGCAGUCAAUGCUGCCACAGAUACCACUGAAACCACAGCAGGCAACACAUCUGUUAAAACAACCAAAAUGACCCUGAGCAAACCACCUGAAACCACAAAAACUGCCCUGGACAAGGAGCUGGAGGCGCUUCUGUCCCUUGGACCAGCAGAUCCUCCGCCUCCCGACAUCCUCAUGAUCCAGUCCGAGCAGAAUGGCACCAUGGACAUUGUGAAGGCCGACCCCAGCCUGGAGGAGCCCACCAUGACCGACAGUAAAGGGCCUCCACCUCCACUACGACCGGCCACCACGUGGACUAGCGCCAACCUGCGUGAGUUCAAGCACCGGAUGGCGAGUGAGAAGCAUGGCCUGCUGACCAUACGGAGGGGCGAGGUGCUGACCGUCCGCGUCCCAACUCACCCGGAUGGAAAGCGACUCUGCUGGGAGUUCGCCACGGAAGACUACGACAUUGGUUUUGGGAUCUACUUUGACUGGACUCCGGUCACCAGCACAGCCGUGACUCUUCAGGUCAGCGAGUCCAGCGACGAGGAGGAGGAGGAAGAGGCCGAGAGCCCCUGGCACAGCCGGGAGGGGGACGUGGAGCGGGGCUCGGUUUACCGCCUGCGCAGUCGAUAUGGUGAAAUCAUGCAGGUGUUCCGGCGGGACAGUCAUCGGGAGGUGCAGGCAGGCAGCCAUGAGUACCCGGGGGAGGGGGUGUAUCUCCUCAAACUGGACAAUUCCUACUCGCUGCUGCGGAACAAGACUCUGUACUUCCAUGUCUAUUACAGCAGCUGAGGCCGCGGCGCAGGGGCGUGUCCUGCAGAUGGCAGCGCGGUCCGCCGCCGGUGAUUAUAGUGCUGCCCCACACGCUAGAUGAUGUCAUCACACCCUGUGCACUGUAUACAAUAAUAUGUGACCCUCACCCGAGACGGACAACAACCCCCAGCAGGUAAUAACCCUGUCACCUGAGGGUCCGAGAAUGUACGGCAGACAACGGAGGACAAUCCGCUCAGCAGCAGAAGAUACAGUGUGAUCAAAGUAGAAAUAAAGUGAUAAAAAGCAGA